UUGGAGUCUGCCCUCCUCUCCGACUGAACCUCACAGAGAACACGGCUGCUUCUCUCUUUGGCCCCAAGACCCACUUGAGCCCUUAGUCCUUUAUCCCGGGGUUUCACGGGCCACACCGAAGGGACCACGAUGUUGGCUCGGUUUGUUUUUCUGCUGUGCGCAGCCUCGUGUCUCUCUGCAGCGGCUCAAGCUGCAGGCGUUGGACCUCGGCUCAAUAAUAACCAGCUGUACAAAUUCAGCUACACCACAGAGGUGCGAGUGGACAGGGCCCGGGGGUCACCACAGGGCAGCACCGGCUACAGACUCUCCUCAGACGUGGACGUCCAUCUGGUGUGGAGAGACCCGAGCAACAAGGACGACCAGCUCAUACAGUUAGCAAUCUCAAACGUCAGAGUGGAGCAUGUGUCCAAAAGUUCGAACAAGAAGAGCAUCAUAGAAGGAUCCACAGCGGAAAGUCUCUUUGGGAAUAAAAAACUCUCAGCUUUAACCAAACCAUUUAUGGUGCAUCUGAAGAAUGGAAAGACAAAGGCGUUUUAUUCGUACUGGGCUGAACCUGAUACUAUCAAAAAUCUAAAACGUGGAGUGGCCAGUUUAAUGCAAGUGCAGCUCCACAGUGGGAAAGUUAUAGAGAACGACGUGUCAGGGAGGUGCACCAUCCAGUACAAGGCCGAGAAAAAUCAAGUGACAAGAACUAAGAUCCUGGACACGUGCAAAACCCCAGAGACGGGAUUCACCACCCACAGCAAAGUGCUGGGGGUGAGCAAAAAGGCCAGUUCUGUUACAGUUUUUACCAUUGAAGACGGUUUCCUUCGUUCAGCUGUGGCAGAAGAGACACACGGCCUGACUGUUAACGCCCACAAAUCUACUGGUGCUAAAGUUGUAUCCAGACAAACACUUACUUUGGUGGGAACAGAGGGAGGUCCACUUGAAGCCGCUGGCAAAGAUGUGACGAGUGUUGUUAAAACCAUUGAUGCCAAACUCGCAGCUGUUGGUAUCAUAGCUGAGAAGGUCAAAUCCCAGUGCAAGGGCUGUCCAACGCUGUUUCAACACUGGCAGUCCCUGCAGAAGUUGUUGGAGCCAAACAGCCUGUCUAAAGUCUCGGCUCCUCGCAGCUUUUUGGCCCUGAUCCAGAGCAUUCGAAAGGCAUCCAAGGACGAGAUCCUCAAAGUGCUCAAGAGUGCCAGCAAGACGUCUCUACCUCAGGUGGUGGAUGCUGUGACGUCCUCUCAGACUCAUGCCUCGCUGGACGCGAUGCUGGAGUUCCUGAACUUCACAGACGCCAAAGCUUUUGUUUUGCAGGAAAGGUUCCUGUACGCGUGUGGCUUUGCCUCACAUCCCAAUGAAAGAAUGCUCAAGGCUUUGCUGGACAUCUCCAAAGGAAAAAUUGCCAACAAUGACAUCAAAGAGUCUGUGGUAAUCAUCAUGGGAGCUCUGGUCCACAAACUGUGUCAAAAAGGUGGCUGUAAUUUACCUACAGUGGUGGAGGUUAAAAACAUGAUUUUAAAGGGGCCGAAGAGCACACAGGAGGAGUCCCUGGUGCAGAUGUAUCUUCUGGCUCUGAAGAACUCUAUGCUCCCAGAAGCCAUUCCCAUUUUUCUUAAAUACGCUGAGGCCGAUCUCGGGUCUUACAACACAAUCGCACUAACAGCACUGCAGAGAUAUGACAACAGUCUGAUGACAGAAGAGGUCAAACACACGGUGAACAGGGUCUUUCACCAGAACAGGCGCAUCUAUGAGAAAAAUGUCCGGGCUGCAGCCGCUGAUGUGAUCCUCAGUGGUAAUCCCUCAAUCAUGGAGGUCAAGAAUUUGCUGCUGUCUAUCGGCCACCUACCUCAUGAAAUGAAUAAAUACAUGCUCUCGAAAAUCCAGGACAUCCUCCGCUUCCAGAUGCCUGCCAGCAAAACUAUACAUCAGGCAAUGAAGGAUAUGAUUGUCAACAACUAUGAUCGGUUUUCAAAAGUUGGCUCGUCCUCUUCUUUCUCAGGAUUUAUGGCACGAUCGGCUGAUGUCACUUCCACGUAUAGUUUGGACAUCCUGUAUUCUGGCUCUGGUAUUCUGAGAAGAAGCAACAUGAACAUGUUUGGUGCAAGUGGAGAAGCCGUUCUGCACGGUUUACAGGUGGCUAUUGAGGCCCAGGGGCUGGAGACCCUGAUCGCUGCCACCCCGGACGAGGGUGAGGAGAACCUGGAGUCGUUUGCGGGGAUGUCUGCUCUGCUGUUUGACGUGCAGCUCAGACCAGUCAACUUCUUCAAAGGAUACAGCGACCUCAUGUCCAAAAUGUUCUCCAUGUCCGGGGAUCCUCUGAGUGUGGUCAAGGGCCUCCUGCUCCUCACUGACCAUUCAGAGGUGAUCCAGCUGCAGUCUGGUCUAAAGGCCAGUGCAGAGUUCCAGGGGGGACUCUCCAUUGAUAUUUCUGGAGGAAUGGAAGUCAGUCUUUGGUACAGAGAGUCCAAGACCAGUGUCAACAACAGGGGAGCACUGGUCGUAUCGGGGAAUGUUACUGUGGACAUGGACUUCCUAAAGACUGGAGUUGAGGUCAGCUUUGACACAGAGGCGUCUUUGGACUUCAUCACCACCGUGCAGUUCUCUGAGUAUCCCUUCCUGGUCUGCAUACAGAUGGACAAAGCCACAUUUCCAAUCAGUGAACAUCUGACCAAAUAUGACAGCUUACCAUCAGGGAAAAACGCUUUGUCAGAGAGGAGCAAGAAGCUGAUUGUCCCUGGUUCGGAGUUUCCUUUACAUCAGGAGAACUCCAACAUGUGCAAGAAGGUGUUUGAUUCCAGCUGGUAG